AUGCGGCUCUUCUCUUCAAUCUGUCUGCUCCUCCUGCCGCUGCUGAGCGCGGUGCUGGCCAAAAGCGCAGUGGGAAACAGAGUUCUGGUCGUUCUGGAAGAUGAAUCGCAGAAGGGACUCUACUCGCAGUUCUGGGCGGAUCUAGAGGCGCGCGCGUUUAAACUGUCUUUCCAGUCUCCUAGAAGCGACGACCUGUCACUCUUCAGACAUGGCCAAUUGGCCUACGAACAUUUACUCCUCACGCCCCCAAAAUCGAAAGGGUACGGACCAGCUUUGACUCCCAAAAUCCUUCUCGAAUUCGUCAAUGCAGGUGGGAAUGUCUUGCUUGGACUGUCCUCCGACUCCGGCACACCCUCCGCCAUCUCUUCCCUCCUCCUCGAGUUUGAUAUUUCGCUAUCUCCCGAUAAGUCCUCCGUGGUGGUCGACCACUUCCACUACGACACCGUCUCCGCGGCUGAAAAGCACGAUGUUAUACUGGUCGAUCGCCCAGAACAAUUGAGGCCCGAUGUUGUCAACUUCUUUGGUGGUGAUGGCACUCUAGCGGUGCCCAAAGCGGUCGGGCAGACGUUGGGAAAUACUAGCCCUCUGCUGGCGCCGAUUCUGAAAGCGCCCGUCACGGCAUAUGCAUACAACCCGAAAGAGGAGGCCGAGAGCGUGGAAGAGCCAUUCGCUACAGGCUCGCAGUUGGCGCUUAUCUCGGCCAUGCAAGCCCGCAACUCUGCAAGAUUCACAGUCCUCGGCUCGUUGGAGAUGCUUCAAGACAACUGGUUUGACGCCUCAGUGAGAGCGCCAACCGGAAAGAGUGCGAAGACUGUAAACCGGGAAUUUGCAAAGCAAUUGACGGAGUGGACGUUCCAAGAGGUGGGCGUUCUGAAGGUCUUCCAUAUCCAACAUUAUGAGAUCAAACCGUCAACCAAAGCCGACGAGAACACUACUCAAAUCAGCGAGUAUGACCCAGCUAUCUACCGAAUCAAAAAUGACGUGGAAUUCGAAAUCGAAAUCGGCCAGUACGACCGAACACACUACGUCCCCUUCACUGUCCCUGCCAACGACGCCCUCCAACUCGAAUUCACCAUGCUCUCUCCCUUCCACCGCAUCCCCCUCCAUCCCUCCUCUGCGACCCCGAACAGCACAACCUUUAGCACGACAUUUACGACGCCCGACCAACACGGCAUCUUCGCGUUCAAGGUCAACUACAAACGGCCCUUCUUCACCUAUAUUGAGGAGAAGAGACAAGUCACCGUGAGACAUUUUGCACACGAUGAGUGGCCCAGGAGUUGGGCCAUUAGUGGCGCGUGGCCAUGGAUCGGUGGCUUGUGGAGUGUCAUCCUGGGAUUUCUGGCCUUUGUCAUGGUGUGGUUGUAUUGUGAGCCGCCAAAGGAGGAAGCGGAACGGCGGCGGAAGUUGAGUGUGGGUAGUACUCCAAGGUGA